AUGCUGCUUGAUAGCGACGCUGCAGACGGUGCGAGCCGGUGGUCGGGGGUUUGGCGGUUCCUGAAGUCCUACACCUCGCACGUGGGAGCGACGUACCUUGAGUUCGCCACCCCCGUCGCCCUCUUCUUCAUGUUCAACAUGGCGUUGGACAUGCAGGACAUGGAGCGCUUUGGCCUCGCUUGGAUUCAUUACUCCCGCAUAGAGGACGAGCGGGAGCGGGAGGAGAAGUUUCCAGCGUACGAGCCUGGCAGCGCGCCGCAGCGCAAGCGUGCCAAGGCGGCCAACACGACGGAGUACAUCGCCUCCACCGCGUAA